CAUCAGAGGGCUCAUCAGGACCCUGUGGCGCUAAACUACACGUUUUAUGAAGUGAUCUCUGCUGGGCCGUCGUCCCCCGCAGCUCUGCUCUCUCUGCACCGCCGCUGCCUGCAGCCUGGAGCCUACAGCAGCCAUCUGGAGCGCUGGUUACACCACUACCAACCCAGUCAGCUGCUGAUCGUGGAUGGUGUGCAGCUGCGCUCCAGUCCUGCUCAGGUGAUGGAUGGGAUUCAGAAGUUUCUUGGAGUCACACCGUACUACAACUACACACAGGCGCUGACGUUUGACGAGAGUAAAGGUUUCUGGUGUCAGAAACUGGAGGCAGGACGUACUCGCUGUCUGGGAAAGAGCAAAGGAAGGAAAUAUCCAGAAAUGAGCCUGGAGUCGAGGAUGUUUCUGUCGGAGUAUUACCGCGAGCAGAACGUAGAGUUACUCAGGAUGUUGAAACGUCUGGGUCAGCCUCUGCCCAUUUGGCUCAGAGAUGAACUGCACAACGCCAGCUGGAGCUGAUAAGAACCUGCAUAAUGAGAACCACAGCAGAACCCUGCUCCACACAGGAGAACUCAGGGCCCGUGUGCGGCAGGAGCCAAAAGAGGACUGACCCCUCUCGCCCUCCAUACUCCGCACGGGCUCUGAUGGAAUAGACGGGCCGAUCACGCUGUCAGUCUGAAUGAAGCCCUCAGAGUAAGAGGAGAAGCC